UUUGGCUCUGGUACCAAUCGUCUCGUUAACGCUAACAGAGCAGUGUGGUCAUUAAGUCUGCGUUAAUUCCUUCAUUUGUUUACGUUUGUACUUAUUCGUCUAAGGUGUGACAAACUAAACCUUAUUUAUUCUUUGUGUCAGAAUGAACUCGACUCUGUGAACUUUGAAGCUUCUGAGGCUAAUCUAGCCUGCUAGUUAGCUUAGCUUGCUAGCUGCUAACUUAGCCACACAUCGCUAAGCAGACAAAAGUGUGAGUGUAAAGUGAUCAUGUGUAAAAUACGAAUGCUGAGUGUUGGUGAAUUAGCGACUAAGUGCGGCUGUGGAAGAAAUAUGUGUAGUGUUAGAAAGAUAGUACAGCACGAGAAGGAACUUUCUCCACCAAAAGAGGAGAACUAGCGACAACGUCAACUACUGGACGCUGUUUUCUAGAAGCAUCAAGUUGUGUUACACAGAACAGACGUCUGUGAGAAACAUCUUCUCCCUGAGCGGCAGGAGUGGACCUCCAAGAUGGCGCAGGAGAAACCACAGCCCCUCCAUAUUAAAAAGGAAGUUGAGAAGCUUCAGCCCACCCACGUUAAAGAGGAAAAUGAGGAGAUACAGCCCCCCCACAUUAAAGAGGAAAUUAAUGAGCUACAGACCCCACACGUUAAAGAGGAAGAAGAGCCAAAGCUCACCCACUUUAAUGAGGAAGAGGAGGAGCUACAGACCCCACACGUUAAAGAGGAAGAAGAAGAACACAGCAUCAGUCAGAAUGGAGAGCAACAUGAAGGACUGGAGGAGGUUGAUGACCCCAAAAUGCCAUUGACUGGUGCCAUUGUGAAGAGUGAAGAUGAUGAGGUCAAAAGUGAAAGUGAGGAGAAGAGAGAGGUGGAGCCUCCAAGCAGCAGCUCAACUCAACACAUGACAACAGAAGCUGAUGGAGACCACUGUGGAGGAUCACAAGCAGACAAGCUCUUAGCUCCACUAUCAGAUAGUGAUGACAUGACGUCACACUCUGCUGACACUGAUGAUGAAGAUUCUGAAGCUGACACAACAUGUCACACUGACAACACACUCUUUGAAUGUUCUCACUGUGGCAAAACAUUUAAUCACCGUCGUAAUCUGAAACCACACAUGAGAAUACACACUGGUGAGAAACCAUUUUCCUGUUCAAGGUGUGGCAAAAGUUUUAGACAAAAUGGUGAUUUGAAAACACACAUGAGAACACACACUGGAGAAAAACCUUUUUCCUGUUCAAUCUGUGGUAAAGGUUUUACACGAAAUAGUUUUUUGAACACACACACGAGAACACACACAGGUGAAAAAUAUUUCAUUUGUUCAAUCUGUGGUAAAGGGUUUGUACGAAAUGAUACGUUGAAAUUACACAUGAGAAUACACACUGGUGAAAAAACUUUUAUCUGUUCAAACUGUGGUAAAAGUUUUACACAAAAUCACCAUUUGAAAAAACACAUGACGACACACACUGGUGAAAAAAAAUUAAUGUGUUCGAAAUGUGGUAAAGGUUUUGUACAAAAUAGCGAUUUGAAAAGACACAUGAGAACACACACUGGAGAAAAACGCUUUGUCUGUACAAGCUGCGGUAAAGGUUUUGCACAAAAUACUCAUUUGAAAAGACACAUGCGAACACACACUGGAGAAAAACUUUUUGUCUGUUCGUAGUGUUUUGAAAGAAAACUUGUCAAUACAGUCUGCUAAAUCUGUGCUGAAGGUUUUGUACGAAAAUAUAGUUGAAAUUACACAUUAGAACACACACUUGUGAGAAAAUGCGUUCUUAAAAGUGAAACCAUCAACCAAAUGACGCUGCAGGAUUUUAAAUAAACUGUCUAAAUGUU